AUGAGUAUCGGAGAGAAAUGGUUACUUUGCACCUUCCGUUCCGUCAUGAAGAUUCAGAAAAUCUUGCAGAAUCGCGAUAUCUUUAGUUAUACGAAAAAAAAUGAGGCACUUAUUGUAGAUCGAAGAAAAGAGUUCGAAUCUAAUCUUGACAUCGAAAAAACAUUGGAAAUCUGCAGUGAGUUAUGUCGUGAAUAUGUUUCCGAUGAUGGAGAGGAGAUAAACGACGUUGUUGGUAGAAUUCCUAAUGAAAACCCUUUUGCUGAAUUAUAUCACAAUCCAAAAUGA